AUGCUUGUCGUGGCUAUCCGGGUUCUCGCCUCUGAGCUGCUGGAUUUGGAGCUCAUGAUUUCAGCGAUGUUCUCGGGUUCUGCAGAUGGCUGGCGACAAUUCACACAAGAAUUCACUCCUGGUGGUUCUUUUGACAAGUUGACUCCAGAACAACGGUCACGCAUGUUCAUUCUGGCCACUAACGACGCAAACGAAGGCGCUCUGGGAUCCUGGCGUGUUCACGCUCGUUUUCAUCCUAAUGGCACAGCAAACGGAUUCUCAAACAAGGCCCGCGUCGAGCGGAACAAGACAGAGUUAUUUAUUGAAAAGGUAUGCACUGACGAGGACCAACUCUAUGUUAUGAGACAGGUUAGAUCAGAUGGGGCCGCUGGCGAAACAGCGAAGUUUCGGCAACAUCUUCUCAAGGCGCAGAAAGCACGAGCGUUGGCGACACGCCAGAAACAGGCUGACACAGAACGGAAGAAGCGAGAGGAGAUCGCUUGUCUAACAGCGGUGGGGUUAAUUGUCGACCGGAAUGUGAUUAACAAGAUGAAGAAAGACGAGCUACAAGACCAGAUAUGUAUUUACCGGAUGUUCCUCCAGGAUGAGGUUCUCCUCGAGGUCUUGCUAAAAGACAUCAAGACCCGUGCAUUCAAGCUCUAUGCUGCACUCGCCGCUUUGACCCGUAACGAGGAGUAA